AUGUUCCGGAUCGAGGGCCUCGCGCCGAAGCUGGACCCCAAGGAGAUGAAACAGAAGAUGCACGAGGACGUAUCUUCCAUACGGACCUACCUCAUCUACGUGGCCCUGCUGCGAGUCACUCCUUUUAUCUUAAAGAAGCUGGACAGUAUAUGA